ACAAAAACAAAAAAGAAAGAAUAUGAAGCAUUUGUGUUUUAUCGUGUUUUUAGCGAUUGUGAUCGCACAAAACUGUAGUUAUCUAGGAGUAGAAGCUGCGUCGAGUGAUGGGUUCGUGAGUAGGAAAGGCAUCCAAUUUAUUCUCAAUGGGAAACCAUUUUACGCCAAUGGCUUCAAUGCCUACUGGGUCACGUACGUAGCCACCGAUCCGGCCUCAAGAUUUAAGGUCACUAAUGUGUUUCAAAACGCAACUAGUCAUGGUUUGACCAUUGUCCGCACCUGGGGGUUCCGCGAUGGCCCCUUAGACCGCGCUCUCCAAACAGCCCCUGGUUCCUACAAUGAACAAACGUUUCAGGGUUUGGAUUUUGUGAUAGCCGAAGCAAAGAGAGUCGGUAUAAAAUUAAUAAUCCCCUUUGUCAAUAACUGGGAUGACUACGGAGGGAAAAAACAAUACGUGGCUUGGGGUAAAAGUAAAGGCCAAAAGGUAUCUUCCGUUGACGAUUUUUACAGAAACCCACUUGUUAAACAGUUCUACAAGAACCACGUCAAGACUAUUGUGAACAGAGUGAAUACAUUUACAAAAGUUGCAUACAAAGAUGAACCAGCCAUUAUGGCUUGGCAGCUUAUGAACGAGCCAGAAUGCAGAGCAGAUCCAAGCGGAAAAACCCUUAUGGCUUGGAUUAAAGAAAUGGCUCCUUAUGUGAAAUCAGUUGAUUCAAAGCAUCUCCUCUCUACUGGUCUUGAAGGCUUCUAUGGUGACUCAUCUCCUCAAAGAAAGACAUCUCUAAAUCCGGUUGCAGCCAACGUUCUUGGAACUGAUUUCAUCGCUAAUCACAAUCUCGAUGCCAUUGAUUUCGCAUCGCUUCACUCUUACCCUGACUUAUGGUUUCCAAACUUGGAUGAGAAAUCUCGAUUGGAGUUCUUAAUAAAAUGGCUCGAAUGCCACAUUGAAGAUGCGCAGAAAAUACUUAGAAAACCUCUAAUCCUAGGAGAAUUCGGGAAACCAACGACCACACCAGGCUACACUCAGGCUCAGAGAGAUGCCGUGUUCAUCGCAACGUUUGACACCAUUUACAAGUCUGCUAAAAAAGGUGGCCCAGGCGCUGGAGCAUUGUUUUGGCAGGUUAUUAGCGAUGGCAUGACCAACUUAAAAGAUCCCCUUUUCAUUGUUCUUAGUGAAAAUUCGACGACAGUUAAUAUUAUAACGAUUGUGACAGCACAAAGCUAUGUAGGAGUAGAAGCUGCGUCGAGUAAUGGGUUCGUGAGCAGGAAUGGCGUCCAAUUUAUUCUCAAUGGGAAACCAUUUUACGCCAAUGGCUUCAAUGCCUACUGGCUAGCGUACGAAGCCACCGAUCCGGCCACAAGAUUUAAGAUCACUAAUGUGUUUCAAAACGCAACUAGUCACGGUUUGACCAUCGCCCGCACCUGGGGGUUCCGCGAUGGCGCCUUAUACCGCGCUCUCCAAACAGCCCCUGGUUCCUACGAUGAAAAAACGUUUCAGGGUUUGGAUUUUGUGAUAGCCGAAGCAAAAAGAGUCGGUAUAAAAUUGAUAAUCCCCCUUGUCAAUAAUUGGGAUGACUACGGAGGAAAAAAACAAUACGUGGAUUGGGCUAGAAGUAAAGGCGAGAAGGUAUCUUCCAUUGACGAUUUCUACAGAAACCCACUUGUUAAACAGUUCUACAAGAACCACGUCAAGACUAUGGUGAACAGAGUAAAUACAUUUACUAAAGUUGCAUACAAAGAUGAACCAGCCAUUAUGGCUUGGCAGCUUAUGAACGAGCCACGAUGCGGUUCAGAUCGAAGUGGGAAAACCCUUAUGGCUUGGAUUAAUGAAAUGGCUCCUUAUGUAAAAUCAGUUGAUCCAAACCAUCUCCUCUCCACUGGUCAUGAAGGUUUCUAUGGUGACUCAUCUCUUCAAAGAAAGAAUACUCUAAAUCCAGUGUCAGCCAACAGAGUUGGAGCUGAUUUCAUAGCUAAUCACAAUAUCGAUGCCAUUGAUUUCGCAUCAAUGCACUGUGGAACUGACUUAUGGUUGCCAAAGUUGAAUCAGAACUCUCGAUUAGACUUCAUAAGAAGAUGGCUCCAAGGCCACAUCGAAGAUGCGCAGAACAUUCUUAAAAAACCUCUAAUUCUAUCAGAAUUCGGGUUAGGAACGGACACACCAGGCUACACUCUGGCUAAUAGAGACGCCGUGUUCACCACAACGUAUGACAUCAUUUACGCGUCUGCCCAAAAAGGCGGUCCGGCCGCGGGAGCAUUGUUUUGGGAACUUAUUAGCGACGGCAUGAGCAACUUUGCAGGUCCCUCCUCCAUUAUACUUAGUGACAAAUCGUCGACGGUUAAUAUUAUAAGUGAGCAGUCAAGAAAGCUGGGUUUGAUUGGUGGGAAAUAGACUUAAGUCAGCAAAAUAAAAAACUAUAAUUUAA